ACACAAACAAAAAUCAAGUUCAUUUCUAACGAAAGAAAAGUAGAGAGAAAACAUGUCAGGAAGAGGAAAAGGAGGCAAGGGAUUGGGAAAGGGUGGAGCCAAACGUCAUCGUAAGGUUCUCCGGGACAACAUCCAAGGCAUCACCAAGCCGGCGAUUCGCCGUCUGGCCAGACGAGGAGGUGUCAAGCGUAUCAGUGGGUUAAUCUACGAGGAGACCCGUGGAGUUUUGAAGAUCUUUCUUGAGAACGUCAUCCGUGACGCCGUCACAUACACCGAACAUGCUCGCCGGAAAACAGUCACCGCCAUGGAUGUUGUUUAUGCUUUGAAGCGCCAAGGCCGUACUCUCUACGGAUUUGGCGGUUAAGAGAAUUUUACGUUUCUACUUUCCAGGGUUCUUGUUUGGCAUCGAGGUUUUCAUUGAUUUGUUAUCUGUAAUCGGAUGUGGUAUUACCUGUAAUUGAAGCUAUUAAUACAAUAUCAUUUAUCCAA